GCAUAUCAUUCAUCCAAGUUGCAGCGAAAGGGGAGGCCGGAGGCGGAGGGGGAGGGCCUGGCCGGAAGGAACCGGCGACCGCCCCCCUGCCCCGCCCUCCGGGUUGCGGCCACCCUCGUCUCGACACGUAAGACCCCACCUCCCACACUCCCGUCGACACGUAAAUCCCACACCCCACUGUCCUUGGCCUUCGUCCCGUCAACAAGGAAGCGACACGUUUCCUUGUUUGGAACAAAGCACCCAUCUAUAUAUAUCUGGUGUCUCUUGUUUAUUGUCCUACUGGGUUUUUUUUUUUUGCUUUGUUUCCUGCUUGUUUUUUGGUUGCAGGAUGGCUUCUCUGGGUCUGGAGGAGAUGAAGAGGAGAAAAGGCAAUGUGGUUGUACCCCAAAGUGCUUGGUUUCAACCCUUCUGAGAGAUGGGGGCACUCUUCUUGUUUCUUUGAUGGAGUUGUUUAUGUUUUUGGGGGAUGUUGUAGAGGGUUACAUUUCAGUGAUGUUCUUACUCUUAAUCUAGACACAAUGGUAUGGAAAUCCCUUGUUACAACUGGGCCAAAACCCGGAAACCGUGACAGUCACGGCACGGCACUAGUCGGUCACAGGAUGGUCGUCUUAGGGGGAACUAAUGGCUCAAAGAAAUUGAAUGAUCUUCACAUUUUAGAUUUAAGGACAAAAGAAUGGAGUAAGCCUAAUUUCAAGGGCAUGCCGCCUUCGCCCCGAGAGAGCCAUACCAUCACUGCAGUUGGCGAUGCAAAGAUUGUGAUUUUUGGUGGUAGCGGAGAAGUCAAAACCAAUUAUCUGAACGAUAUACAUAUAUUUGACCUCAAGAGCAUGACUUGGAGUUCCCCUGAUGUUAAGGGCGAACUUCCAGCCCCAAGAGAUAGCCACACUGCUGUUUCUAUGGGUAAUAAGCUUCUUAUUUAUGGGGGUGAUUGCGGUGAUCGUUAUCAUGGCGAAGUUGAUGUUCUUGACAUGGAGAAUAUGACUUGGUCACGGCUUGUGAUUCAAGGGUCCUCACCCGGAGUCAGAGCAGGUCAUGCAGCUGUAACUUUUGGGAGCAAGGUUUAUGUUAUCGGUGGAGUUGGCGACAGCCAAUACUAUAGUGAUGUUUGGGUUCUUGAUGCGACUAAUUGUUCAUGGACUCAGCUUGAUAUUGGUGGACAGCAACCGCAAGGGAGGUUUUCUCAUACUGCUGUUAUUACCGGCACCGACAUUGCCAUUUACGGAGGUUGCGGAGAGGAUGAGCGCCCGCUAAAUGAGUUACUGAUUCUGCAGUUGGGGUCCGAGCACCCUAAUGGUCGGUACAACAUUUCAAUGUGUAAGAUUUUUGGCAAUCACUUGAUCCAAGAUAAGCAGAAGUUUUUGAAAGCAAGUGAAAAUUCACAAAAAAGCAUGGUUUCUAGUAAUGGAGUGCUUAAUCAGGGAUCUCAUGAAGCUGAAGCUGAAACAAAGAGCCCUCUCAUACGAGAUAAUAUGCAUGCGAAGAGAAGAAAAAUAGGGGAGAACAAAGAGUGGGAGAUUGAAUCUGAGGAAGAAGAGCAUUCUGGUGGGCAUGACACGAAUUUCUUGAAUGUGGAAUCCCCACGACAGCCAAAGACAGAACAAUUCCUUCGUGUCAUUCCACCUAUGAAAUGUGAUGCUCAAUUUAUUGGUUCAGAUCAGUGUCCAGUUGCAAGGCCAGUGUUCCCCUCUUUGAUUGGAGCAGAAGUUCACGGAGUUGUAGAUGGUGCGUCCGACUCCGGUUACUUAAUGACUGCCAACGUUAAUGGACAAAUUUUUCAGGGUGUCUUGUUUGCUCCAGUGACCGGAUUUGCAGUUCCAAGACCUCCUAUGUAUUCUCAAAGCUCACCUUUGGGAAGCCCCACCCUCGUUCCAAAACUAUGUGCGGCUGCAGCUCAUGAUGUUCCUAUUCAUGUAAGACCUUCGCAACCACCCACACUUGCCAUCCCUGAACGCAGUCAUCACUGGCUCCAAGCAAAUCCAGUUUGUGUCGUCAAAACACAGGCGGCACGAUCAAGCAACGAUCUUCAAGGUGAUGUCCUUACUCUCGGAGGACCUGGAGCAGGUUGAUCAUAGAACCAGGAGCAGGAACUCAUGUUUCUGUUAGAUUAGAACCAAUGUUCUAUUCUUUUUCCCUUUUCUUUUGUAUUGUGGCUUAAAAUUUAGAGAAUUUUCUUAAACGUCAAAUCUGACUUCCACUCAA